AUGGUUACACAGCCUGUCGUGUUGGUCACUUGUGUGUACCAGGCGUUGCUUUUUGGGUGUCAGUACUUGCUUUUGGCCUCCUUCUCGCGCGUCUUUCACGACGUGUACAAACAGCCAGUCGGUAUUGCUUCCCUGCAUUACAUUGCUAUGAUUAUUGGAUACACGCUAUCGGGCCAGGUGGGCGGUCGCAUUGUGGACAAAUUGUAUAGAGCAAUGCAACGGCGCAACGGCGGCGUGGGAAAACCGGAAUUCAAGCUCCCGUUAUUGAUCGUGACGGGGAUCUUGAUGCCGGCUGGCUUGCUCUUGUAUGGAUGGACUGUUCAGUACCGUGUGCAUUGGAUCGUUCCUGAUAUUGGUAUCUUUUUAAUUGCCUCGGGUGCUCGAAUGACUCUUUUUGUAUGCCCAUUGUACAUGGCCGAUGCGAUUACUAUGUAUACGGCUUCUGCGACAAGCUCCUUGGUAAUUACCCGCGGUGCAUUUGCAUUUGCCUUCCCAUUGUUUGCACCGGACAUGUACAUGGCGCUAGGUCAAGGCUGGGGGAAUAGCCUGCUUGCGCUCGCCACAUUUGUGAUUGGUGUACCAUCGCCGUUUCUCCUCUUCUUCUUUGGGGAGCGGCUCCGUCUUCGUUCAUCAUAUUCGGUUCGUGCGAUGAAGCUUAUGACGUGA